AUGACCAGUGCUCCUAAAAACAUUACUAUACACGACUCAGUGGUCUUUGAGGAUGUGGAUGUGAACUUCACCCAGGAGGAGUUGGCCUUGCUCAGUGCUGCUCAGAGGAAGCUCUACAGAGAAGUGAUGCUGGAGACCUUCAAGAACUUGACUCCUGCUGGAGUAAAACUGUAUGAAUGCAGUCAAUGUGGAAAAGUCUUCAGGCAUCGUUCAUCCCUUAAGAGGCACAAAAGAAUUCACACUGGACACAAACUAUAUCAGUGUGAGGAAUGUGGGAAAGCCUUCAGUUGUCCUAAGUCCUUUCGUGUACAUGUGAUUAUGCACACUGGAGGGGAACCUUAUGAAUGUAAGCAGUGUGGGAAAGGCUUCAGUUGUCCCAAAUCCUUUCGAGUACAUAUGAUAAUGCAUACUGGAGAGAAACCCUAUGAAUGUAAGCAGUGUGGGAAGGCUUACUAUUGGCUCACAUCCUUUCAAAGACAUGUGAGAAUUCACAAUGGAGAGAAACCGUACAAAUGUGAAAAAUGUGGGAAAGCAUUCGGUUGGCUCUCAUCCUUACACAAACAUGUCAGAAUGCACAAUGGAGAGAAACCUGUAAAAGUAAGCAAUGUUGGAAAGCCUUCAGUUGGCCCUCUUUCUUUCAAAAAUGUAAAAAUGCAGACUGAAGAGAAACCAUAUAAAUGUGAAAAAUGUGAGAAAGCCUUCAGUGGGCCCUCAUUCUUCCAAAAUGAGGGAAAAUGUGGGAAAGCAUUUAGUUAUUCCAAAUCCUUUCAAUGUCAUGUGAGAACUCAUAGCAGAAAGAAGCCCUAUAAAUGUAAGUAAUGUGGGAAACAAGUGGCUCUCAAGUCAGAGCCAGUGGAUCGAGUGCCCAGCAGGAAAACUUGUAGAUUGAACUACCCUGUGAAGAGAAAACACACUCACGUGGGAACAGACCUUGUGGGGAAACCCUGGACAUGUCAGGAUCCUGGGACAGCACCUAAGAGAUAUGUGAGGAGUCUUAGUAGUAAAAACGCUUUUGAGUGUAAGAAAAGUGGAAAAGCUUUCACUUGUCUCUCAUCCUCUCGGGGACAUGUGAGAGGUCACCAGAAGCCCUUUGAAUGUAAGGAGUGUGGGAAAGCCUUCAGCUGUAAGUCGUACCUACGAAAGCACAUGAGAAUGCGCACUGGGGAGAAGCCCUAUGAAUGUCAGCAGUGUCGCAAAGCGUUUCGGCACUUGUCAUCCCUGGGAUCACAUGUGAGGACACACAAUGGGGAGAAACCAUAUGAGUGUAAGGAAUGUGGGAGGGGCUUCCAUUGUCCCAAAUACUUCAGAAAACAUGCAAAAACGCACAGUACAGGGAAACACUAUGAAUGUAUGGAAUGUGGGAAAGCUUUCCACUUAUUCCUCAUCCCUUCGAGAGCAUGUGAGAACACACAGCCCUAUGCAUGUAAGGAGUGUGAUAAAGCCUUCAGGUUUCCCUCAUCCCUGCAAAGACACAUGCGAAUGCACACUGGGAAGAAACCCUAUGAAUGUCAGCAAUGUGGUGAAGCCUUCAGGAAUUAUGCAUCCUUGAGAAGGCAUGGGAAGACGGACAUACACUUGACAAAAGCUCUGAAUACGGGAACUGUGGGCAGCCUUUAUUGUUCCUUAAAACCCUGUCAAUGUGAGCAAACACUGGAAAGAAACUAUGAAUGGAAAGGAGGUGGGAAAAUUCUAGAUGUUCACUUAUGUUGUACAUGA